CGCAUCUCUAGCCACUGUUUUUCUAAGUCAGUGUCAGACAAAAUACAAGUAAUAUCGCGAGAAAUUAUUUUUAAGCCUAAUUAAAACUUGAUAGCGUUAUAACAUUAAAGUGAUAUUACGCAGUUAGGUGAAGAAUAUAGUGGAUAUUAUUAGUUAAAAGUGCAAAAUGUCUAGAAAGCCGAGAUCCGGGAAUAGGAGUAAUUUGUCUCAGUUUGGUCUCCUAGACAUACCAGACAUAAAUGAUGAUGAUGAGCCCCUGGACCUGUCAGACGAUGACUUUGACUUGGAAGCAGAGCUGGCAGCCAUCAGUGGUGGUGGUGGCCACAGACAGAAGCCGAGGAAACCUCCUCCGGUGCCCGCGGCAAACUUGGAUGCUAUGAUAGCGGAGAGCUUGAAGGAUAUUCCUUCUGAUGAUGAGGGUUCAGGAGACGAAGAUGACCCAGAUCUGCUCAACGAGCUGCAAUCCCUAGCGAUAGAUGAUGAUGAAGCUCCAUCCCCUCCUCCCCGCGCCGCACGCCCCGCACCACCACCGCCUGGAGCCUCACUCAGUACCGACAGUAGUACCAUCAGCCUGCUGCAGGACAGAAUCACUAACUACACAGUCGCUGAAAAGAAUGCCAAGUCGAAUGGUGAAAGCAGUCGGGCUAGAAGGUUUGGACGAGGUUUAAAAACGUUACAAGAUUUACUAAAACAGGCUAAAGCGGGCAAACCAAUCAAAAAUGAGGAUAUACCUCCUCCAGUUGCGGUGGGGAAGCCAGCAGGUGCAGCAGAAGCCCCCCAACCACCACCUCCAGAGCCCAGCCCUCCAGAACAGCCUCUGAUAGACCUGGGACCUCCAGAGCCUGAACCGAGCCCUCCCAGCCCUCCUGAACCCACUCCGGUACCAGAACCCAGUCAGAGUGCAGGAGAUGAAAGACAAAAAGAGUUGCAGAUUAUUUUGAAUCGCCAAGCAGAAUUCAAAGCACAAGCUUUAGCAGCGAAGAAGACUGGUGACAAAUUCUUGGCUCUUGGCUUCCUGAAGGUGACGAAGCAGUUCGACACGGUGGUGGAAGCCCACAAGAGUGGCCAGGCCAUGGACCUCAGUGAGCUGCCCACCGUGGACAUGAUCAGGGCGUCUUUGGAACAGGAGCGCGGGCAACAGGGGCAGGAGUCGAUGCAGACUUCUUCUGCACCGGCAGAAGACACGAGUGGCGGUGGAGGUGGAGGCUUGAUAAUGGCGAAGACCUUGGGAGAAGGGCUGCGCCAGAGGCUGGAAGCUUUUAAAAAACAAGAAGAAAAAGCGAAGGAGGAGGGUAACUCGUCGAAGGCCCGUCGGAUGAACAGGAUCAUCAAGCAGUAUGCGGACGCCAUCAAACGCCACGACGCCGGCCAUGCUAUCGAUGUCGAGGAACUGCCGGCUCCGGCGGGGUACGGACCCUUACCUACUGGGAAUGCUCCGCAGCCGUCUCCCUCUCCGGCGCGGUCGGCCCCGGCGCCGUCGGAGCCCAGUCCCAGCACUGGACAGAGCGCGCGACGGGACCAAAUAGUCGCACUACUCAUCAAGAGACAGACGCAGUUCAAGGAAGCAGCUCUAUUGCAUAAGAAGAAAGGCGAAGUGGACAUGGCGCUACAGUACCUCAGAAACGCGAAACGGUUUGACCCCCUAAUAGAAGCCGCGAAGGCUGGGAAGACCAUAGACUUGAGCAACCUGCCCGCCCUGCCACGACCCACAACGAGUAAUAAAGCGAGAGAGGGGUCUGGAGACAGUUCUCUUCUUGACAGCUCUUCGACAGAUGAACCUUCAGGGGUCUCGCAUGAUGGAUGGGUGGAUGUCGGAGCCAUGGUAAGCGGGACUAACGAGGAUGGGUCCACCAGCCUCAUAAACCAGUUGGAGUCUCAAGCGAAAAUGGCUAAAGAAUAUAUGAAACACUGCAAGAAUAUGGGUCAUGUUGCUGAAGCAAAGAUGUAUGAGAAACUUGCUGAAAGGGUGAAGGAAGAUCUUGAUGUGUUGAGGGUUGCUGUGCUAAACAACCGAGGCCUACCAAACUUCCACUACGUGACAAGAGAGUUUUCGAUCACACAAUGCAAUACAGACCUUGGUGUCAACGACUUAGAGUUGACAAUCGUGCGAGGCAUCGCUUACAACGUUGCUAAGGACAUUGAUACCUACGUCAGAUUCGAGUUCCCGUUCCCACAGGAAGCCCCGGUGUCAGACAGAACAGAUGUAGUGAAGAACUCGAACAGUCCUGAAUACAACGCGGUGUUCCCUCUCGCUAUCACCAGGAACCGAGCUUGCCAGCGAGUGUUCAAGCGAUACGGCAUCAAACUAGAGGUCUGGAGUAAAGGGUGCGGCGGGUGCGCUGAGUCAGUCCUCUGUUGCAGCGGCUGGUUCCGGAGCGACACGCUGCUCGGCACCGCCAAUGUCAAGCUCGCGCCGCUACAGGAGACUGUUACGUUACAUGACUCUUUUGCUCUAUACGACGGCAGGCGAGCAGUGGGCGGGUCCUUGGAAGUAAAGGUGCGCGUGCGCACACCUAUAUUACAGCAAGAAGUCAAAACUGAAAAACACCGCUGGCUUGUCCUAGAUGAUGUCUAAACAUUUUCUAAUUACACGAAGAACAAUGAGAAUAUCAAGUUUUAUGAAAACUUGAGGAUAUAGUAAGUAACAUUGUGUAGCAGAGUAAAUGCAAAGCUUUGUGAGUGCUGGUUCAAAUCAUGCAUUUGUUAAAACAAUUACCCCCCGUUCCCAAUCCCCGGUUUCCAACAACCCUUAAAUUCGUAACCCCCAAAAUGUCGUCAAUGGACUUGUAAUGCCUAAGGUGUUUCAUGUGUCCAUAGGCGGCGGUAAUUGCUUACCAUCAGGUCAUCCGUCUGCUAGUUUACCGGCUUAUUACAUAAAAAAAUUCUUCUUAGUUUUUAACUGCCCGCGAAUCAGCGUCUACAAAGAAUUGCGUUUAUUAUGUUACACUCAGCAUAAUUUUGAGAGCUGGUACUAUUUUUUUAAUGCAAUGGAAGAGUAAAAAGUUAGAACUUCUUACUCAGAAGACGUUGUUACCUCUAUAAUUGAGGGCUUAGUACGAGUUUGCUUUACGUUGAUACGAAAAUGAAAUGAGAGCGCGUUCGGUACUCUGAUUGGCCGGUGCGAAUGAACCAACCAAUGAAAGCGUUGAACGCGUUCUCGUUAUACAUAAAACAAACUCGUACUAAGGGUGCUGAUGUGAGUAAAUGUGAAUUACAUAAAAAUUUAAAGUGAUCUUAUUUUAAGUAUAAAUAACGCAAUUAUGAUAUUGUAAAAUAAGUUUCAGUCAAGUAAUUUUGAAAGGAUCCUGUAAAAUUACUUUGGAAGUAAAAAAAAACUAUAAAACAAUACGGUGGUUAGACACAACAAAAGUUGUCGUCUUGUCUUUACUAGAUGGCGUUAGUGAGCCUACAGUGAACGUGAACUCUUGCGCAUGACCAUAUAGGUAACUAUUAUGCGCAUAUUCGAAUAAAAUAACCUAGUAAACCUCAAGUUUAAAAAAAUAUUAUUUUUGUAUAAAUUUAAUUCGUUUUAUUUUUAAUAUGGAAGGAAUGUUAUAAUACAUUUUUUUUUAAAUAGAAAUUAAUGAAGGCUUGUAUAAAGAUGUAAUUUUAAAAUUAGUGAAUGGCUUUUUAUAGUAGUUUUUUAUAAGAAAUCUCACUUAAAAUUGUCCUGCCAUUUUUUUACCUUUUGAUUUUCGUUGUCACAAAAUUAUUGAGAAGGAAAUUUUAAAGAUUAAAUAUUAUUUAAAACUAAAUAAUGGGUUAUGGAGAAUAACUCUAAAUCUGAUUUUAAACCUAAAAUGUACGUACACGAAGAAAAAGGUAAUACGUGCAUUUAAAAUUAUCCUAAAAACAACUCUAUGCACUGUCUAUAAGACAUAAUUUUAAUUGUACAAGCGAGGCUGUAUUUGCACUGUGCAGCUUGUAAUAUCCACUAUAAAAUUGCUUUAUCAUCUUUAAGGUUUAAAUUCGUUUGGAUUCUCUAAAGCUAUAAAGUUCAUUUUUCGCUCAAAUAACGAGUAUCUGUAUAAAAUAUUGAACUUAAUUGCAUUUUUUAUGUUGAAGGAAUUUGAACCUAAUGGUGAAGCAAUUUUUUCGUAGAUUAAUUAUUAUUAUUGUAAAUUAUGAAUAUAUUAUGUUGUAUGUUAAUAAUGUAAUUAUUAAAGAUCUGGUUGAUCGGU